AUGAAUCAACUUACAGUGGAAAGUGGCCACAGUUACAAUGGAUUUGAACUGAACACCACUGCUACACAGUUUGUGGUGAACUUGACCCUUACUGACAGUGGACUUGAACAGUUUGAGGAAGUUCUGCUGACAGUUUUCCAGUACAUACACUUACUGAAGAGCAAAGGACCACAGAAGCAUUACUUUGAUGAGAUGAAGAUAGUAGAGGAAACCAAAUUUAGAUUUAAAGAAAAGGGAGAUGCAAUGGAUUAUGUGGAGAAAGUCUCAGAAAACAUGCAGAUAUUUUCCCCAGAGGAUGUUUUAACUGGCAGAGAUUUAAUGUACGAAUAUGACCCAGAGCUGAUUGUUAAGUGUCUGGCAGAUCUAAGGGCAGACAACUGUUGUAUUUUUCUGUCGUCCAAACAGCUGUCAGAUAAAUGUGACAGACAGGAUAUCAAAUGGAGUCCUGUAAAGUAUGGAGUGGCAGAAAUCAAACCUGAAUGGAUUCAAAAAUGGCAAGACCCACCUAAAAAUCCUGACCUUUGCUUACCACAACCAAACAAAUCAAUAGCUACAGAUUUUACAAUAGCAGAGGUGGAAGCAAAGUAUUGUACAAAGCAUCCUAUAACUCUGUCAGAAAAUGAGUUGUGUACAUUAUACUACAAGAAAGAUAUGAAAUUCAAAGUGCCAAAAGCUUAUGUGUGUGUUCAGUUGAUGUCACCAUUGGCCAGCCAAUCGGUGAAGAGCCAAGGCCUGCUGAAAAUAUUCGAGGCUGUGAUGUGCCAUAAAUUGGAUGCCCCCACAUAUCCUGCUAUCAUGGCUGGCUUUGACUACUCAAUCAAUGUGGAUGAUACAGGACUUAAAUUCAAAGUGAAUGGAUUUAACCAAAAAUUGCCUGAGCUGUUUGAUCUACUUCUGACAGCUGUUUUUGACUAUGCUUGCAAUGAUGAGUUGUUUCCCAUCAUGAGAAAUAAAGUGAAGAGGGAGAUUUUUAAUGCCAUCAUCAGACCAUCUGAACUUGUCAGAAUCCUACGAUUUUCUGUGAUAGACCCCCACUACAGGCCCGCACCUGAAAUAUACAGUACAAUUGAUAGUUUGACCAAUGAGGAUCUUCGACACUUCCUAACAGAGUUCAGACAGAGUAUAAAAGCAGACAUCUUAGUGGUUGGCAAUGUUACAUCCAAGGAGGCAACUUGGUAUAAAGAGAGAGUGGAAUCAAAUUUAUGUGGAAAAGUGGAACCUUCUAAAAUGUACCAGAGAAGACUGUACCAGAUUCCUAAACAGUGGAGUUACUGCCAGACAAACAGCUUUAACAUGGAGGAUGCCAACUCCAGCAUCACUGUUUACCUCCAGUCUGAUCCCGGGGAUAUCAGGUCAACUGUCAUUAAUGAACUCUUAGAUUUAAGAAUGCAGGAGCCCUGUUUUGAUGUAUUGAGGACACAACUACAGCUGGGUUACACUGUAUACUGUCAGAAUCUAGUCACCAAUGGCAUCAUGGGACUUGCUGUAACAGUCCAAUUUCAAGCCCAGAAGUUCGCAAUGCAUGAAGUUGACAACCAUGUUGAGGAUUUUCUGAACAAGUUCAAAGAGAUCUUGGAUGAAAUGUCCAAAGAAGAGUUUGAUACUUUGGUGGAGUCUCUGAUAGCAGCCAAGCUUACAGAGGACACACAGUUAGAGGAGGAAGUCAACAGAUACUGGGGGGAGUGCAAGGAACAAAACUAUGUGUUUGACAGAUUAGAGAAAGAGGUAGCUGUACUGAGGAUGUUAACAGUAGAAGACCUGCGGAACUGGUACAAACAGUAUCUGGGAGAAAACCAGAAACGGAUAAGCUUUCAGGUUCUUGGAAAUGCAGAAGUGGAGCAAGUAGAUGGGAAGGGUGAUGAAGUGGAACCUCCCCAGAAGAAAGCUAACACAGACAAAUGUAAUAGAGAACAGAGCUAUGUUGUGAGACCUGUCAAAGACUGUAACUACCCAGAUCAUCAAUGUAUCAGUGACAUACAGCACCUCAGAUCUAAACUCACAAUGUUUGACUACCACUGUAUCACAAAAUGAUGAAGGUUGAAGAUAGGCACAAUGAUCAAUGUAAAAGAAAGGGAGGGGUGGGGGUUUAGUUCUGUUUUAAUUGUUUCAAUAUUUUGACCUUUUAAAGAAAAGAAACUAUCAUUCAGGAAGUGGGACAUUCAGUCAUUGUGGUAAUUAAGCAUGAGAUUAUUUUAUGAGGGAAUGAAACAAAGUGUAAGAUAUACAUGUACCACAAAGAAACAAAAAGCUU